AUGGUCUUCUCCACCGCCGUCGCCCUCGCUCGUCGCGCCCGUCGCGUCGGCUUCAACGUCCUCACGACAAAGAUGGCCAAGAAGGGUUUCUACAAGGGUAAGGGCGCCAUCUCACCCGGCACGCGCGACAAGUACGGUCGAUUCGUCCUCGUCCCGUGGAAGCGUCCCGAGUACGUCGUUCCCUCCGUAGACGCCGUGUUAGCGAUGAAACCCUACGUCGAGCGCGCGCGACCGGAGUCGUGA